UGGUAUGUAAGAAAUCUCCUCACCACCACCAUGACAAACCAGGAAAAAUGGGUCCAUCUCAGCCCCUCAGAAUUUUCCCAGCUACAGAAAUAUGCUGAAUAUUCUACAAAGAAAUUAAAAGACGUUCUUGAAGAAUUCCAUGGUAAUGGUGUGCUUGCAAAGUAUAAUCCUGAAGGGAAACAAGACAUUCUUAAACAAACAAUAGAUUUUGAAGGUUUCAAGCUAUUUAUGAAGACAUUCCUGGAAGCCGAGCUUCCUGAUGAUUUCACAACACACCUUUUCAUGUCAUUUAGCAACAAGUUUCCUCAUUCUAGUCCAAUGGUAAAAAGUAAGCCUGCUCUCCUCUCAGGUGGUCUGAGAAUGAAUAAAGGUGGCAUCACCUCUCCCCGCACUUCUCCAGCAAAUACGUGUUCCCCAGAAGUAAUCCACCUGAAGGAUAUUGUCUGUUACCUGUCUCUCCUUGAAAGAGGAAGACCUGAGGAUAAACUGGAGUUUAUGUUUCGCCUCUAUGACACGGAUGGAAAUGGCUUCCUGGACAGCUCGGAACUAGAAAAUAUCAUCAGUCAGAUGAUGCAUGUGGCAGAGUACCUUGAAUGGGACGUCACUGAACUUAAUCCAAUCCUUCAUGAAAUGAUGGAAGAAAUUGACUAUGAUCAUGAUGGAACAGUCUCUCUGGAGGAAUGGAUUCAAGGAGGCAUGACAACAAUUCCACUUCUUGUGCUCCUGGGCUUAGAAAAUAAUGUGAAGGAUGACGGACAGCAUGUGUGGCGACUCAAGCACUUUAACAAACCUGCCUACUGCAAUCUUUGCUUGAACAUGCUGAUCGGCGUGGGGAAGCAGGGCCUCUGCUGCUCCUUUUGCAAGUACACAGUACAUGAGCGCUGCGUGGCUAGAGCACCUCCUUCUUGCAUCAAGACUUACGUAAAGUCCAAGAAGAACACUGAUGUGAUGCAUCAUUACUGGGUUGAAGGCAACUGCCCAACCAAGUGUGAUAAGUGCCACAAAACGGUUAAAUGUUACCAGGGCUUGACAGGACUGCAUUGUGUUUGGUGUCAGAUCACACUGCAUAAUAAAUGUGCUUCUCAUCUGAAACCUGAAUGUGACUGCGGACCUUUGAAGGACCAUAUUUUACCACCUACAACAAUUUGUCCAGUGGUACUGCAGACUCUGCCCACUUCAGGAGUUUCAGUCCCUGAGGAAAGACAAGCAACAGUGAAAAAGGAAAAGGGUGGUUCCCAGCAGCCAAAUAAAGUGAUUGACAAGAACAAAAUGCAAAGAGCCAACUCCGUUACUGUGGAUGGACAAGGCCUACAGAUCACUCCUGUUCCUGGUACUCAUCCACUUUUAGUUUUUGUGAACCCCAAAAGUGGUGGGAAGCAAGGAGAACGAAUUUACAGAAAAUUCCAAUAUCUACUAAAUCCUCGUCAAGUUUACAGUCUUGCUGGAAAUGGACCAAUGCCAGGGUUAAGCUUUUUCCGUGAUGUUCCUGAUUUCAGAGUGUUAGCCUGCGGUGGAGAUGGAACUGUGGGGUGGAUUUUGGACUGCAUAGAAAAGGCAAAUGUAGUCAAGCAUCCUCCAGUGGCUAUUCUGCCUCUCGGGACCGGCAAUGAUCUUGCAAGAUGCCUGCGAUGGGGAGGAGGUUAUGAAGGUGAGAAUCUGAUGAAAAUCUUAAAAGACAUUGAAAACAGCACAGAAAUCAUGUUGGACAGGUGGAAGUUUGAAGUCAUACCUAAUGACAAAGAUGAGAAGGGAGACCCAGUGCCUUACAGUAUCAUCAAUAAUUACUUUUCCAUUGGCGUGCAAAACACCUCUUCUAAUGGGUAA